AGCCGUACUCGAUGUCCCAUUACUUCCAUCGCGGAGAAAUGGUGCCUUAGGUCGUACUUCAUGCCUGCCAAGUACAGGACCAGUGCCCAAGUGAUUGAGAACUUCCAGGUGCGACCGGAUGAUGUCUGGGUUGUGACCUUUCCCAAAUGUGGAACAACCUGGACGCAGGAAAUGGUAUGGCAGAUUUGCAAUGACUUGGACUAUGAAAAGGGCAAUUCUACUGAACUUCAUGAAAGAUUUCCAUUUUUUGAUUUGUUACGAAUUUUAGCCAUUUAUGCUCCAUACGACUCUCAUAUAAUUGAUUUCUGGAACAUGAGGAAUGAGGACAACAUUCUUUUCUUCACUUACGAGGAAAUGAAGAAAAAUCUUCCUAAUGUUAUUAGAAGAGCAACAGAAUUCCUCGGAAAGUGCUAUACGGAUGAACAAAUCACCAGUCUAGCUGAUCAUCUCUCCCUCGAAAAAAUGUCUAAAAAUGAAUCUAUCAAUCGCGUCGAAGAGUUGGAUGAUUAUUACAAAAAGAUAAAAUUUAAUAAGGAUAAGGAUUACAAUUUCAUCCGAAAGGGGAAAGUUGGUUCAUUUCAUCAGGAAAUGACUCCUGAUGUGGUUAAAGAGUGUGACACUUGGAUCCGGAAUAGAAUAGCCAAAUAUCAAGAUGAUCCACAUUUACUAGAAAUUUUUCUAGCAAAUACGUGUUUGAAUAUUUUUUAA